AUGGCGUUCAGAGGAACCUCAGACAAAUUAUACACACCGAACAAUGGAAAGUUUUUGGGACUAGUACAAUUAGUAGGCAAGUUUGAUCCGAUUAUGCAAGAACAUUUGAAGUUGGCAAUGUCGGGUGAUAUUUCGGAUCACUAUUGUGUUAAUCGAUGGAAAAUCUUAACCGAUCACUUAGGACUCUAUAGUUUGAAAAAACUGAGUGACACACGUUGGGAAGCAAAAAUAAACAGUGUAAAAGCAGUCCGCUAUCAAAUUUGUGACGUUCAUGCUUUAGUUACUUUGGCUAACAAAACUGAGAAAAGUGAUGUUACUAUCUCGCACGAGGCAAUCACUUUAACAGAACAGUUAAAAGAUUUUGGCUUUAUAGUUUCCCUAGUUGUUUGGUACGACAUUCUUUUUCAAAUCAAUGUCGUGAAUAAAUCUCUGCAGUCAAAAACCGUGGACCUCAGUAAAUGCACAGAAAUGCUGGAAAACUGUUGCAAUUUUUUAGAAGAAUACCGAAAAAUUGGUUUCAAGAAAGCUCUUUCAACAGCAAGGGAUCUGGCGAAUGAACUACAAAUCGAGCCUGUUUUUAAACCAAUGAAAAAAGUACGACGCAUAAAACGCCAGGCUGGUGAAAUGGCCACGGACGAACCUAUCGAAUCCCCAGAGAAAAAAUUUGAAAUUGAAUUUUUUAAUAAAUUGUUGGACGUCUCUUUAAUGUCAAUAAAAGAAAGGUUCAGACAGUUACAUAACUAUUCAGAAACAUUCUUUUUGUACAAUAUAAAAAAGAUACCUGAAAAAAAUGAACUUCUGAAAUUCUGUACUGAUCUCCAAUUAAAACUUACUGUUGGUUCCGAUUCCGAUAUAGAUGGUUAUUUAUUGUGUGAUGAACUCAUAAGUCUUAAAAAUUUUUUUCCAGAUGACGAUGAUAUUACUCCCAUUUUCGUUUUAAAUUUUAUUAAACAGCGCAAUAUUUAUGAACUAUAUCCAAAUGUAUGGAUCGCAUUGCGCAUUUUGGUAACUAUACCUGUAACGGCCCAAACUGUGUUACUUGGGGUAGCUAGUGGAGAACGCAGUUUUUCGAAACUUAAGUUAAUAAAGACUUAUCUACGAUCAACGAUUUCACAGACAAGACUUACUAACUUAGCUACUCUUUCAAUUGAAAAUGAAAUUGCCGCAAACUUGAAUUUCACCGAUUUGAUUCGAGUGUUUGCCGAUAAAAAGGCCCGAAAAGUGUAA